UUAUGGAUGACGCCAUCUGGUAAUAAGACGUUCCUGACUGGUACAAACGUAACGCUCUUUUGUGGCGUGAAGGGAGGUAAUCCUCUUGCUACAUUGGCUUGGCGAUGUAAAGGAAUGCAAUUGACUGGCAUUCAUUGGAUUACUAACGAAGAAAAACGGUCCAAGUUGUCUGUUAGUGUAGAUAGAAGCUAUCACCAGAAACAAUGUAUAUGUACCGCGGAGCAUCAGGCCAGUCAGAAUAGACAUUUUGGAACAGCGGCCGUCUUGUUUGAUAUCCUCUAUAGACCAGUGAUCACAUUGGACCAUUCUAUAGCCAUUGUCCGUAAGAGAAAUGAAUUCGAAAGGACGUGUUCUGCUCAAGGUAACCCAACACCAAUUACAUACUGGAACCAUGAUGGCAAAUCUUUAACGACGGCGAUCCUAAAGUUCCCAAAUAUAGACAGACAGGACGCGGGGAACUAUACUUGUAUUGCUGAAGCUACAUACGGCAAUGUCUCACUGAGGUCUUCAAAAACGCUCAACAUUAUCGUUCAAUACGAACCUGCGGUUGAUGUUGAUAUUGUAAAUACUACAGAAAAUAGAGCAAACCUUCGUCUGAAUUGCACAGCUAAUGGAGAGCCUACUCCGUACAAGUACAGAUGGAUACACAAGAUUGGGUCUACUGUCCUCCGAGACUCAUUUGACCACGUGACGAAUUUAGGAUCAGUGAGUACACUGACCAUUCCAACAGUGAGUCUCCAGGACAUGGGGAUGUAUAUAUGUGAGGUGGAGAAUGGGAUUCCUGGGAGAGCUGGUCAGAUGGUACAGACAAACCAAGGAUUCAUGUCUGUGACAGGUAGACCUCGUGUGAUUAGCGGACAGGAAAAAUAUGUCACAGAAAAGGACGUCUCUCUGGACAUCAAUGUAACCUUCAUCAGUUUCCCUGAGCCAGUCAACACAUCCAUCCUUCGGACAGACUCCCCUUUGCCUCUCCAGAGUGACCCCACCGUCUCCGUGUCCCCCGUCCCAGUGUCAGUGUCAUUUUAUAACAAGGACGUAACUGUUGACGGCUACAUGGUACAGAUACACUUCAGCGAGUUUGAGACAGAACACCGAGGACAUUAUCAGCUGUAUAUCAGGAAUGUAUUUGCCUACUACUACAACUUCACAAUAGAUAUAUCAGACAAGCCGGACCCCCCAACAUGUAUGUCGAUUGGCCAAAUCACGGAAAACAGUGCCACUAUAUCAUGGAUUCCGGGAGAGGAUAACGGACACAUUCAAAAUUUCACAUUAAUCCACCGAUAUUCUAGCGGAGGAUUGCAGACAAAUGUCACCCUCAACCAUACCUGUACUGUAUUUACGGUCGAAGAUCUUGCCGAAUCAACAGAGUAUGACGUUAUUCUUUAUGCCAGCAACGACAAAGGGACGAGUGAAACGAUUACCGGUGCAUUCACAACACAAUCAGCAAAUAUUUCCAUGGAAAGUGCUGAUAUCAUUGGUGGGGCUGCUGGUUCAGCUGCUGCGGCUAUUAUAAUUAUAAUUGUAGUUGUCCUGAUCCGUCGCCGGAGACAUUUUCCUCGACGAAAACCUACAGAGGACAAGUCUGCAGAUGACAUGUAUGGAAUGAGAGAUAACAUUUUGUAUGAAUCUGCUGGUCCGAAUUGGUCCCCACAACCGGGUCCAA